AUGAACUCAAAAACGAUAUUGAUUCUAUUCGUAACUCUUCUACAUUUCACAGUUACUGUCCUAGGUCAACAUCCCAAUAUUUGGCAAAUCAUAAGUACAGAUGAUCGACUAACAACUUUAGCAACGGCGUUAAAAGCUGCUGGCCUAGAUGAAUCAAGUCAGCAAGCUGGUUCACUUACUGUAUUUGCUCCAACUGAUACAGCUUUUUCUAAAGUAUCGCCCGAAAUUGUUCAACAUCUGUCAGAUCCUCAGAAUAAGAAUGAACUCGCUGCAAUUCUCUUAUAUCAUGCCAUCGGUGACAGAGUCUUAACAUCGGCCAACCUAAUGGGAAUGAAUCUAUCAACACGCUUAGAAACACUAGCAGGCGGUUUUAUUACAAUAACGAAACAGGGUAAUCAAGUCAAAAUCAAUAAUGCUACAGUUAUUGCAGCUGAAAUUUUGGCUAGCAACGGUAUCAUUCAUAUCAUCGAUGCAGUUUUGAUGCCUUUAUCGUCAAGUACAUAG